AUAAAGAAAAUAUAAAAGUAAAGAAAUCGGAUAUGGUGGGGAGCACCCGAUACCAGUUGUGAAAUCAACCGUGCCCUCCCCCUCCCCUCCCCUUGUCCUUUUCCCCCUCUCCCUCUCUCCCUCUCUUGUCAACACCUCCUCCAUCCUCACAUUCUCUCUCUAAAACUCUCUCUAAAACUCUCUCUCUCUCUCUCUCUUCUAUUUCUCUCUCUCGACCAAUUUCCGGAGAAAAGCAUGACCAGCUCCUCCGCCUCUGGCCGCAAGACUUUGAGUAAGAUUGCUUGCAAUCGGCUCCAGAAAGAGCUUCUGGAGUGGCAGGUCAAUCCUCCGGUGGGCUUCAAGCACAAAGUCACCGAUAAUCUCCAAAGGUGGGUGAUUGAAGUCAAUGGAGCUCCUGGAACUCUCUAUUCUAAUGAGACCUUUCAGCUUCAGGUUGAUUUUCCUGAGCAUUACCCGAUGGAAGCCCCGCAGGUUAUAUUUGUCCCUCCAGCUCCACUACAUCCUCAUAUUUAUAGCAACGGUCAUAUUUGUUUAGAUAUUUUGUAUGAUUCAUGGUCACCAGCCAUGACUGUUAGUUCCAUCUGUAUUAGCAUUCUCUCCAUGCUAUCAAGCUCGACUGUGAAGCAACGCCCAGAAGAUAAUGACCGAUAUGUAAAGAACUGUAGAAAUGGCAGAUCUCCCAAGGAGACGAGGUGGUGGUUCCAUGAUGAUAAAGUGUAAAACCAUGCACUGUCCUCCUGUUCAAAGGAGGACGAAGACAAAAGAAAAAAGGCAAUGAUAAAAACUGGGAGUUGUCCCAAUUGCUCAGUAACUCUUAUAAAUUGACAAUGCUCGGUACUUGUAAAUCAAAGGGAACAAUUUGUGUUUCGACCGAUUUCUAAGGAACAAACUGAGGUCAGAAGUUGCUAUAAGCUUAUGAUUUAUGUCC